CAUCAUAAUUCAUCACUGCUAUAUAGGGCUGAAGUCAUGAUUUUUCCUCGGGAGAGAGGAAGUGGAGAAAUGGGAUGAGGCUUAUAAACCUCACUUCGGUAGCCCCUAAUCAUCUCCAGUAAGAGUGCUGAUAAUAAGUAAUCCAGUAUUUCUGAACACAUUCCGCCAUGGCGCGCUACAAGCAUCUCCGUGCAAAAACGCGGAAUUCUCUUGACUUACUCCAGCUGACUUCUUUUGUUCCUGAAACUCCUGCUUUGGAUAAUAAAGCACGCCUUUAUCUCCUGUCAGCUCCCUUCGUAUCUCUAGGAGGACUUUCUCCAAAUGAAAAGGAGAUAGCAAAGAUUGUACCACCCUUGAAAACACGUUUCUUCCGCAAGCAAGCUGGACUCACCAAUCGCUGCCAGUUUGCAUCCACCACAAGUUGUGACCUACUAGGAAUUGCACAAGCAAGAAAGGCCACCCGGGUUGGUCUCAAUGAGACCCUGAUGAGAAUAAUGUCAGCUGACACACCUGUUUCCCUAUGUGAAGAACAAAAGACCUGGAAGACAAGUGAAGAAAUUGAGAAAAAGACUAGUUCACAUACUUUUACAACUAUACCUUCAAAACAAAUUCAUAGACCCAGAAUCUUCUACCGCCACAGAGAUCCCAAUGAGAUGCUCUUUUCAUACACACAGAAGAUCACAGAAGGGAUGGAGCCAGAUGUAACACUGACGUGUUUGGACUUUGAAUGGGAACUUCAUCGCAUGUACUUAUUUAAAUCCAAGGUCCUCUCACAGCUUCUUGCUCAAGCUCUACAGAAUAGUGACUUACCCAUUACAGAAAGCAAUGCCAAAGUCAAAAAGGCAGAAAUCAGGUGUUACAGUAAACAACAUCAGCUGUCUGGCUGGAAACAUAAAGACGUGUUUGAACAGAAGCAAAGAUUGCCCAAAGUCACAAUUGCCUUGGAGAUUAAUGAUCCCGAUGUCACACGAGUUGCUUUUGCUAUUGCACUGCAAAACCUCUACAGCUCUGAACCACAAGUAAAUGAAGAAGAUGUCCUAGGAAUCCUGGCUGCUGCAGAAUUAUUACAGUUCUCUAGCCUUUUCCUGAAGUGUAUCCAAGUCAUGAGAAGCAGCAUUUGUGCAGCCAGUGUCUGUAGCUAUUAUUCUGCGGGCUGUAAGUACAAGCAACCGUCUUUGAUCACUGAUUGUGAAAGAUGGAUAGAGGUGAACCUUGUCCCACAGCUUGGCUCUCAGAUUCACCUCCGGAAGGUGCCACUGGAACUGCUGCAGAAAGUGCUGAAAUCUCCAAGGUUAUUUACUUUCAAUGAAUUCCAUCUCUUGCGAACUGCGCUGUGUUGGGUCUUUCUGCAGCAGAACCCCAAAAUUCAAAUAAUUCCUUCUUACGACACUGUGCUCACAUAUUUUAGCAGCUUACCCAAGAUAUGUGCCUUCCUGGAAAGGGAAAUUGGACAGAGAUACAUAGCUAUUUUUCAGUCACUCCGCUUACAUGGCAUCACUUCAAGCAAGCAUCUGGAGGAACUAUGGGAGAUUAACUUCCUUCCUUUGCCAUGGCUAACCAGGAUCUUGUCCGAUCAUUACCAUGCACUAGAAAAUGGUGGUGACAUGGCAUUUCAGAGGGACUUUAACACUCAGGCAGUGAGAUUUGGUCUAGUUCUUACACAGGAACCAAGAUACCAUGCAGAAAUUAUUUCCAUUUAUGGAUUCUUCUUUGAGAUAAAAGCGGUCAGACAUGAUGCUUCAGCAUACAGUUUUUACAUGCAGAGAGUCAAACAUGCAGAUCCAAUUAUAUCCUUUUUUACUGCUGAGCGCAGUCCUGUCAGCUUAAAGCAAGAGCGUGAAGUUAAGUAUGAAAUAAAAGCACAGUGCCAAAUAGAUGGAAAGUGGGAAGAAUUCACUACAGAGAGACUUACUCAAAAGUUCGGCAUUAAGAAGCCCAGCUGCAAAAGCGUGAUUUUGAAAGCCUGCAUACCAUCGGUUCCUAUCUAUGUGACAUUUUCUCUUCUUUUCCCAUCGUCAUAAAAGAGAACAAGCUCUCUGGUGUCCUCCCUGGAUGGACUCAUCUGGUCAACUGAUUGGUGUAGGAUAUUUUUUAAGGGCUGCUGAGCUGCUGAAGCAGGUGAACUCUAUUUGGCACAGCAUGAAAAUAAACUAUGAUCUUCUCUUGUGCUAGCUCUUUUUGACAUUAAUUCCAUCUUACUCCUUCUUUUGUGUCCUGUAGCUAGUGCUGGAGGUAGUUUAUAUUUUCUUAGGUGCAGUUUACCUAACAAGGUUUUAUGAAUAGAUACAGGAUAUAAUCAGUUCCUCCCACCACUAAACUAGCUGUGCAUAUGAGAUUUUAUAAAGCUUUCUUCUCCCACUUUCUGCAGCUGGCCUUCAACCAGGUGCCCCACCAUGCUUCUGACUGUUAAUGAUAAUGGGAAAUGAUUAACAUGCUUAACAUGUAUUACAUAAAAGCAGCCACCAGCAAACAGCCUUUGUCCAGCCUCCACCCUGCAACACAUGCUGCUUCCACA